AUGCUCCGACACACCUUCCUCGCCCUCUGGCUGUGGGUUACCGGGGUCUUGGCCCUCAACGCGUCCGAAUGGGCCAAGCAGUCCAUCUACCAAGUUCUCACGGAUAGGUUCGCGCGGACAGAUGGCUCGACUAGCGCUUCGUGCACGCGGAGCGAAUACUGUGGUGGAACUUGGCGGGGCUUGAUCAAUAACCUCGACUAUAUCAAGGAGAUGGGAUUUACCGCUCUAUCACGGCUUCUGGGCCCGAGACUUCAACUCCUCAACAGCCGCUUCGGCACGGCGGCCGACCUCAAGGAUCUCUCGGUCGCACUCCACAGUCGAGGCAUGUACCUCAUGGUCGACAUCGUCGCCAACCACAUGGCUUACGCCGGCUGCAGGACCUGCGUCAACUACGGCACCCUCAGCCCCUUCAACUCCCAAUCCUACUACCACAGCCCCUGCGCCAUCGACUACUCGAGCCAGACCUCGGUCGAGCAGUGCUGGCAAGGCAGCAACAACGUCGCCCUCGCCGACCUGCGCACCGAGGACGCCGGCGUCCGCUCCUUCUUCAACCAGUGGGUCUCGGACGUGGUGUCCACCUACGGCAUCGACGGCCUGCGCGUCGACAGCGCCAAGCACCAGGAGUCGUCCUUUUGGCCCGACUUCGAGACCAGCGCCGGCGUCUUCAUGCUCGGCGAGGUGUACGAGGGCGACCCGGCCAAGUUCCUCCCGUACAUGAGCUCGUUCCCGGGCCUGCUCAACUACCCCGUCUGGUACUGGGUGCAGCGCGUGUUCCAAAGCACGAGCGCCACCGUCGCCGAGCUCGUGGCCGGCAUCAACACCAUGAAGAGCGGCACGAGCCGCACAAACUACCUCGGCUCCUUUCUCGAGAACCACGACCAGCCCCGCAUGCCCGCGUGGACUUCGCAGUCGAGCGACGCCGCCCUAAUCAAGAAUGCGCUGGCCUUCACCGUGCUGGCGGACGGGAUCCCCGUCAUCUACCAGGGUCAGGAGCAGAAGCUCGCCGGCGGCAACAUCCCCAACAAUCGGGAAGCUCUGUGGCUGACGGGGUUUAAUCGGCAGGCCGAGUUGUACACGUACAUUGCGGCCCUCAACCGGUUCCGCGCCGCCGUGAUUGCGCGGGACGCGCGGCACACGACCUACCAGGCCGUGCCGUGGCAGGUCGUCAGCGUCUUUAAUAAUAUCGGCUCCUCUGGCGGUUCCUACUCCGUUUCGCUGGCCACUAGCUCUACGGGCUUCGCGGCUAAUCUGGGGCUGGUGGAUGUGAUUGCCUGCGAGGCUCACACCACGAGCUCGAGCGGCGGGCUGAGCUUUACCAUGGGCUCGCUACCCAAGUACCGCGUCCUCCACGGUAACAUCAGCUUCCAGUGCCUCGAGCACGACAUCUGCUGUGUGGGGAACCACAGCAGCCUCGGAAGCUGGGAUACCAGCCGCGCGAUUACGCUGAGCGCGUCCCAGUACACGAGUAGCAACCCCAUCUGGACGGGCACGGUCAACAUCCCGGCCGGGACUGCGAUCCAGUACAAGUUCAUCAACGUGGCGAGCGGCGGGGGUCACUUGGGAGGCCGACCCCAACCGGGCGUUCGCGGUCCCCGCAACUUGCGGGACAACGACGGCCGCGGUUCAGGGCUCGUGGCAGUGAACGAAAGCGGAGUUGCGGCUGAGGUCGGCACUUGCCAGGAGGGAGCUUCUUCGACGAGCUCCCCAGAAAUGUUAGAAAUCACAUCGAGGCAGAGCUAG